AUGAAAGAGAAAAUUGAAGCAAUUCUUGCGAUUCAAGAACCACGUUCACUUGCUCAAGCAAAUAAGUUUAUAGGCGCUCUUAGCUGGUAUCGAAAAUUCAUUCCUCACUUUGCAACUGUAGCCGCUCCAAUACAUGCUGUAACUAAUUUGACUAAGGAUAAGCGACAUAAGUUUAAAUGGAAGUACGCACAAUCUAAAGCUUUUCACGAUUUAAAACAAAUGCUACUCACUAAACCGUUAUUUCUACACUAUCCAGUUGAUAACGUUUCAUUAAUGUUAACUACGGAUGCUAGUGCAAUAGGAAUUGGUGGAGUCCUUCAGCAAGAAAUUGAUAGUAAAGUAUAUAAUUUAUACUAUCACUCUCAAUUGAUGACUCCAUGUGAACGUAAAUAUAGCACAAUAGAGAAAGAAGCUUUAGCUAUCUAUAAGUGUUUUUCUAGAAUGCGUACUUUUCUAUUAGGUCGCAGUAUUAUUCUUAGAACGGAUCAUUGUCCGCUAUGUCAUAUAAUGGAAAAAACAGUCCGUAAUGCUAGAGUCGAUCGAAUAACACAUUUAAUUCAAGAGUAUAAUAUUGAUAAAGUAAUUCAUAUAAACGGACGUGAAAAUUGUCUUCCUGAUUUUCUUUCGAGAUACUCUAAUGAUGUUCAGGACGAGCUUUUCAAAAUUGACUAUGGAUUAGAAAGUAAAAACGAGUCUAAUCCAUCAUUAUCCUUACCAUCUAAACAGGUAGCAACCUCAUCUUUAUCUCAACAUAAGAAAAAUAAAAACUUACUUGCUACUAUGACAUUAAGAUCGCACUCUAAACAGCAUAAUUCUAUUACGACUAACGCUAAAAGUGAUAGUAAAAUCGUUAGUGAAAACCAGUCUAAUGAUGAAUCAUUCGUUGACUUUUCAUCGGAUACUUCACUUCCAAAAAAGUUUUCAUUUAAUCAAUUUGAUUUGAGUAAAUUGAAAGAAGAACAAGCAAAAGAUCCUAUCAUACAAAAUAUUACUAAACAAAUUUUUACUAAUAACAAUAAGGUUCCGUUUAUCGUGAAAAACAAUAUCGUUUAUAAAUUAAUCACACCUUCACGUCACUGUAAACGAAAUAUAGAAGUAAUAUUUUUACCAUCAUCAAUGAUAGAUUCUUUACUUCAAGCUUGUCAUGACGAUCCUAUGUCAGGAGCGCAUUUUUCUUUCGAUCGUACAUAUAAUAAAAUAAAAAAUCUUUACUGGUGGCCAGCUAUGAAGCCCACCAUAGGACGUUAUAUUCAAUCAUGCCUUUUAUGUAAGCAGUACAAUACUACUCGUCAAAAGAAAUAUGGACAUUUACGUCCUAUCAAUCCACCUGAGGGACCAUUUCUUUUGAUAGGAAUUGACUAUUGCGGUCCUCUAAAACGUACACCACGUGAGAAUCAGUAUGUCUUAAUCAUUACUGAUUAUUUCACACGUCAUGUUACCGCAAUCGCAUUAUCUAAUUGUACCGCUGAAACUACUGCUCAAGCGUUGUUCAAUGAAUAUUUUUGUAAAUACGGAGUACCAGCAGUCAUAUUAAGUGAUCAAGGAUCACACUUUCGAAAUCAGCUGAUGGAAAAUAUUACUCAUCUGAUAGGUUAUAAUCAUAUUUAUAGUACUCCUUAUCAUCCUCAAACUAAUGGUAUUGUUGAAAGAUUCAACGCUACCUUUAUUCCUCAGAUAGCUAAAUUACAAGAUACACAGGAUAAUAAUUGGGAUGAGUAUCUACAGGCGGUCGUUUUCGCCUACAAUACUGGUAUUCAUAAAACAACAAAGUACUCACCUUACGAGUUAGUAUAUGGUCGAUUAUCUCGUUUACCUAUUAAUACACGACCAUCAUACUUUUCAUUCGCUAAACCGAAUGAUUAUUUUGAGCAGUUAAAAAGGACUUUGCGCAUUUACCACCAAGCAGCAAGACAUCAUAUAAUUUUGCAACAACAAAAUAAUAAAAAUAUGUAUGAUCGUAAUCGUCUGAAUCCACAGUACAAAAUUGGUGAUAAAGUAUUGACUCGAAUUCACGGUAAUCGAGGAAAGCUAGACUCGAAAUUUUCACCUAUACCGAAGAUGAUAACUCAAGUAUAUCAUCCAAUAUAUGAAGUAUUCGAUGACGAAAAUCAUGUCUAUUCGCAGGUACAUGUUGCAGAUCUUCGACCUAUCAUAAUUGCCUAA